GACAACACAACAACUACCAGUAUCGUGUAGAGUAAGUUAGCAAUUAAUUUUCCUUCGUACACAAAACUAACGUGCCAAAUCAAUUUGUCCACAAAUUGCAUGCUAAAUGAGCUAUAAAAGCGGCAAUUCGCCUAACCACAUUGCUCAGGGCUAAAGGGUUUUGAUAGUAUCCGGUCUAGAAUUCUGGCAACCAUGAAGCGUUCGAUAGUUUUGCUUUGCCUAGUGGCAAUAGCUAGUGCAAGACUGCUCGCGAAACGGCAAGACUCACAGCAAACUCAGGAAGUAAAGCUUGUCCAUCUCCCUGCCAGGCAGGCAGCAGCAGAAGAGUUUCCCCUAGAGCAAGCCGUUCAACAGCAGCAACCCGAACCGACACCCGUCAAAGUUCCAGCAGCAAAGCAAGAACCGACCACUCCACCCGGUGAACCGGCAAAGGAUAAGCAACCCCCACAGCACGUUCCUCAGACUAAAGCUCCACAUGCCCAAGAGGUGCCAAGCACUAAAUCUCCUGUAAAACAAGCGGAAACUAAAACGCCUCAAGGACCUUCGAGUGAAAAGAUUAAAACUUCCCCAGAACCGAAAUCUCCUCGAGCCGAGAUUGAAGGCGUUCCAGGCACGAAAACCCCACAGACACAGGUCAAAGGUCAAGUUCCGGAUACUAAAACUCCUCAAGGACCUGCGAGUGAAAAGAUUAAAUCUCCUCCAGAGACGAAAUAUCCACAAGGACCACCGAGUGCCCAGGUUAAAGGUGUCCCAGAGACGAAAUCUCCACAGGGACCCGCGAGCGAAAAGAUCAAAACUCCACCGGAACCUAAAUCGCCACGAGCUGAGAUCGAAGGCGUUCCAGGCACGAAAACCCCACAGACACAGGUCAAAGGCGUCCCAGAGACGAAGUCUCCACAAGGACCUCCAAGUCCGCCGAUCAAAGACUCUCCCCCGGAAGCGAAGGUUCCACAAGGACCUCCGAGUGCGCAGAUCAAAGGUGUCCCAGAGACGAAGUCUCCACAAGGACCUCCGAGUGCGCAGAUGAAAGGCUCUCCCCCGGAUACGAAAUCUCCACGUGCUCAGGUCGAACAAGUUCCAGAACAGCAAGUCCAACAGACUGAAAAGCAGACGAAGGGUUAAUGUUUACAGACAGGUGCAAUGAAAUCUAAUUUCAAGUCUUGACACCGUACAUAACAGUUACCAUACCGAAAGAACUAAAGGAACAUAGUAUGACAAACAGGUCAAUAAAUGAACGAUGAAAAGAUAA